UACAAGGCGUCGGUCCACCGUCUCCGCGCGCUCUUAUGAUAUUAUCGUAUUCGUGUCGACUGUUUUAGAUUGUAUUCGUUUUUAUAAUAUCAAAAAAUACUAAUAGACACCUGUCGUACUAUAAUAUUAUUACAUCGUAUACCCUCAGCUGUUAUAUAAUUGUUUAUGUUCCUCGUGUCGACUGACGAUCUCGUACCGUCGCACUCUUUUCGCAUCGCGAUCGAACCGCCGCCGUUCUCCAGUCCGACGCACGUCCGUGCCGCGUUUAUUUGGGCGCCGUUACGCGCCGUUUUCGCAAUUUUGUUUUCCGUUUUCGAUCGUUUCGCGACGUUUUAACAAACUUUUUUUACGCGUCCGUUCGAGUUUGUCUGUCGUUCCGAACCCGCCCAAAGCGUCGGUUAUAAUCUGAGCGAAUUUAGUCGUAGGCGAACGAAUUCGCGCGUGCGUUAGAGUGUAGCGACCUGUCCGAUCACAUUUAUCGGUUGAAUUCGCUCGCUGGCCACCAGUCACCACUAGCGAGCCGGCACACUAGCGAUUUCGCCAGCUAGGGCGACCGCAUUGAGCGAUUUUACUCGCUGGAGUGUAAAGACACCAGCGAUUAGCGACUAAAGUAGUCCGGCCGUCAACUUCAAUUGCGGGUGAGCAGCGAACUACGUUCGAAAAAUAAUCGCUUGCGAUCGGUCGACACGUCUCGACUACUCGACCCGUCAAUGUGUUAAAAAUUUAAUAAUUUUAAGCAGGACACCGUAAUCAAGACAUCCAGCUUCCAGGCGCAGUUAUAAAUCUAGUUCUCAGAAAUAUGUCCAAAAAACCACCAAAUCCUCGGCCGAAUCCAUUAUAUGCCAAUGUUUUUGGUGUAAAGUCCAAGAGGGAAGAGUCGACUACACAGAAUGAACCCACUUACUACAAUACAGUAACGAAUAGAAGGCCACAAUCUUCCCGAGGCAUUUAUAGCAAUGUGAACUAUCGUGAGAGAUCCAACAACAUAUAUUCUAACAUUGCUGAGACAGGCGAACCGACCUAUGCAAAUACUCAAUAUCCAUUAUAUGACAAUGUAAACCCAUCAGGUAGAGAUAACAUACACAGCCGUCCAUCUUCAGUAAGUUCUUGUUACUCUGAACUUCAAAACACAGUUGGUUACGAAUAUGGUGCAAAAGAUUUUGAUAAUUCUUCUUCUCAGGCAUCAAAAAUGUAUGAAUCAAUCUAUGAGCAUAUUGAUGCUGUCCGACCAGUUAGCCUAACCAGUGAGUUAUCAUCUACAUAUUCAAUGAGCAGUUUUUCACAGCCCAUUACUACUCGUGAACAUGAAACCGAUGUUGAUUCUUUAACUGAUCUCCUUGUAAAUUCAAUGUAUGUAAAUGAUGGUAAAAAAAGAUUGGACAGUAAUGCAAGUUCUUUAGGUUGGAAUUGUACUAAAUGCAAUAGAAAAGUAACAGAAGAAAGACUUGGGUGUAGAGCAAUGGGUAAUGUUUAUCAUAUAAAAUGUUUUACCUGUACCCAUUGUGGAGAUCAAUUGAAAGGAAAAUCAUUUUAUCUCAUUGAUAACAAACCAUACUGCGAAGAGGGUUAUUUGGAUACAAUAAAAAAAUGUUCAGUUUGUCAAUUACCAAUUUUUGAUAGAAUCCUGAGAGCCACAGGACGCUCAUAUCAUCCACACUGUUUCCGAUGUAUUGUAUGCUCUACAUUAUUGGAUGGUGUAACCUUCACCAUCGAUGCAGCCAAUCAAGUUUAUUGUAUUGAUGACUUUCACAAGAAAUUUGCUCCAAAAUGCAGUGCAUGCAAACUCCCUAUUAAACCAGAGGUUGGUCAAGAUGAAACAAUUAGAUUUGUUGCAUUGGACCGAAGCUUCCAUGUGAAAUGUUACAGAUGUGAAGAUUGUGAUACUUUAUUAGGAUCAGAAGCUGAAGGUAGAGGAUGUUAUCCAUUAGAUGACCAUGUUUUGUGCAAAAGUUGUAAUGCUAAAAGAGUUCAAGCUUUAACAUCGACCAUGAUUACCGAUCUUAAGUAACGCUAUACUCUAUUCCAAAUAAGAGCGCACUGGGCGGCGUACAAAAGCCAUUCAAAUUCACGCAUACUACUUGUUCAUACUGCUGUCGUCAGCAUUUCUGUCACUACAUCUGUAAUGGUGACAACGUACAACACGCACAAUA